CAGAUGGGUGGGCGUGGUGCCUUGUUGUUGCUAAAGGAACUUUGUGCAUCAAUCAGAUGUUGAACGUUCGUAGGAAACUAGGAGCAGCUAGCUAUGCCAGUCGUAACAAGGAGAAGGGAAGAUCAGAAUCCGAAGGAGGAGAGCUGUUGCAAGUUGUCUCCUCCUGGCUCUUGUGAUGAUGUUCUGGUGGAUACUGCAUCAUCCAUACUGUCAGCCAGGUCAUCUGAUACGUGUACAGUGUCAUGUGACACGUCAAGGCAAGACGCUGAAGUAUGCCUGCCACUAACUGAAGAGACGCUACAGACUCUCAGAGAUGAAUCAGCUACUAAUAACAUAUCCAGUGAACCAUCACCACCCACUGACCCUGUUCCCUGGAGGAGGCGGGACCACCCAUCACCACCCACUGACGCUGUUCCCAGGAGGAGGGGGGACCACCCACCACCACCCACCGACCCUGUUCCCUGGAGGAGGGGGGACCUCCUCAAGAGGAGGUCUUGUGCUCUCAACAUUAAGGUGCCUGUUCGACCCAGCCCCCCUGUACGAAGCAACUCAUGUCCAGCUGUACUGCCCAACCAUCGACUAUUAGGAACAUUUGAGGAGUCUGUGUUGAAUGGACGCUUGAAGCCGUGUGGUUCAGUGGAUGGGUUCACUGCUGAGUUAGGUGCUAGUGGGUCAUUCAGACCCCCACACCUCACACUCUCUCCACAUCUCACACUAUCAGUGGAGGCGGACUACUUCAGUGUACACAGUCAGCAUGGUGCUACUGGAUCACCUUAUCUCGGUCAUAUUGACUUGAGCAGUGCUGGCAGGAAAGGAUAUCGAGUACCACGCAAGGGGACUGUUCAACUGACGCUCUUCAACCCAAACAAAACUGUCGUCAAGAUAUUUAUUGUGAACUUUGACCUCUCCGAUAUGCCAAGUUCUACACAAACGUUUAUACGGCACAAAACUCUCUCUAGUCCCACCCACACCACUCAGAGCACCGCCCCCUCACAGCUACACUAUCUCAUACAUCUAUGGUUUCACUGCUCAAGAAGUGGGCACAUCUACCUCACUAAGAACAUAAAGCUGAUAUUCGCCCAUAGAGCUCCUGAUACGAUGGACUUUGACCCCAGUCAAGUACGUGUGUACACUGUUAGCGAGGGACCCACAAAACCAAAAUAUUGUCCAUUAUAACUCAUUACUUAUAUUUGUGUUGUUUUCAAUUCAGAUUAUUUUUUUGUAAAUUGUCCAUUCAAUAUCUGCCACAAAUUGAUAUCUGAGCAUACAAGAUAAUAAAACCAUCAUUAUGACACACUGUACAA